AUAAACAAACCCUGCUCUUUAUUCAUUGGUUCAGUCACUUCAAGUGGACCAAUCACAGAGCCCCACCUGUUAGCAUCAGAGACUUUCUGUUUGGCACUCACAUUCGGUUUCCCUCUCAGGCUGACUCAGGGAAGAUGAAAAUAAAUGAUGUGAAGAAAGAGGAGGGACCAGCAGAGUUUCCAGGAUGCAGCUAUGUUGCAGUGAAGAGUGAUUGUUCCAAAGAAGAACCUCCAUACUUCAGUGCUGAACCAAAAGACAAUAACAGGAGUCCUGAUGGUGGGGGUCAGCAGCUGCCUAUGUGUGCUUUGUGUCAGGAUGUCCUGAAACAUCCCGUUUCUACUAGCUGUGGACACACAGAAGAUGACUCCUGUCCCCAUAAUGGAGAAAGAUCGAGCAAUGGACUGCAGUCAACUGGACAGAGGAGCUGUAUACAUACAGAUGUUGAUCUGCAGGAGGCUUUAGAUAAACAUAAGAUCAGUCUGAGGAGGAGAUGUGAAUGUGUGACUGAAGGAAGUGAUGAAACAGAAAGUAGAACCCUCCUCAACAGGAUCUACACUGAGCUUUACAUCACAGAGGGACAGACUGAAGAGGUUCAUACCCAACAUGAGGUGAGGCAGCUGGAGACAGCUUCCAAGAUGGACGCCCUCCAUGACGCUCCAAUCAGGUGCCAGGACAUCUUUAAAGCCUUACCUGACCAACAGAGACCCAUCAGAGUGGUUCUGACCAACGGCGUGGCUGGUGUUGGAAAAACCUUUGCAGUGCAGAAGUUCACUCUGGACUGGGCAGAGGGCUUGGAGAACCAACAUGUCAGUGUGGUGGUUCUGCUUUCAUUCAGGGAGCUGAACCUGAUCAGAGAUGAGCAGUACAGUCUUCUGGAGCUGCUCCAUGUUUUCCAUCCAACAUUACAGAAGGUCACAGCAGAGAAGCUGGCUGUCUCUCAGCUUUUGUUCAUCUUUGACGGCCUGGAUGAAAGCAGACUUUCAUUGGAUUUCACCAACAGGAAGCUGCUGUCUGAUGUCACACAGAAGUCAUCAGUCAGCCAGCUGCUGACAAACCUCAUCCAGGGGAAUCUGCUUCCCUCGGCUCUCGUCUGGAUAACUUCCCGACCUGCAGCAGCCAAUCAGAUCCCUCCUACAUGUGUUGACAGGCUAACAGAAGUACGAGGCUUCACUGACGCCCAGAAGGAGGAGUACUUCAGGAGGAGAUUCAGUGAUGAAGAGCUGUCCAGCAGAAUCAUCUCCCACAUGAAGACAUCCAGGAGCCUCCACAUCAUGUGUAGAAUCCCAGUCUUCUGCUGGAUCACUGCUACAGUUCUGGAGCACAUGUUGACUACAGAGCAGAGAGGAGAGCUGCCCAAGACCCUGACUGACAUGUACUCACACUUCCUGCUGGUUCAGACAAAGAGGAAGAAGAACAAGUACCCCGAGGGACAUGAGACGAGUCCACAGGAGCUGACGGAGGCUGACAGGGAAGUUCUUCUGAAGCUGGGGAGGCUGGCGUUUGAACAUCUGGAGAAAGGAAACAUCAUGUUCUACCAAGAAGACCUGGAGCAGUGUGGUCUGGAUGUGACAGAGGCCUCGGUGUACUCAGGAGUUUGUACAGAGAUCUUCAAAAGAGAGUGUGUGAUCUUCCAGAAACCAGUCUACUGCUUUGUUCAUCUGAGCAUUCAGGAGUUUCUGGCUGCUGUCUACAUGUUCCACUGUUUCACUAACAGGAAGACGGAGGUGCUGGAGGACUUCCUGGAAGAUGAAAUGAAUGAAGAGGAGGAAGAUGAUGAUGAGGAUUAUGAUGAAGACUUGUAUUACACAUCUGUAGCUGACUUUUUGCACAUGGGCCUAAACAAAUCUCUUCAGAGUAAAAAUGGCCACCUGGACCUGUUUGUCCGCUUCCUGUAUGGCCUAUGUCUGGAGUCCAACCAAAUAAUAUUAUGUGGUCUGCUGGGUCAGACAGAGAACAGUCCAGAAGUUAUUGAGAGAAUCAUUAACAACUUGAAGGAGAUGAAAGCUAAGUUUAUUUCUCCUGACAGAAUCAUCAACAUCUUCCACUGUCUGAUGGAGAUGAAUGACCUCUCAGUACAUCAGGAAAUCUUGGAUUUCCUAAAGUCAGAGAACAGAUCAGAGAAGAAACUCUCUGAGAUCCACUGCUCAGCUCUGGCCUACAUGCUACAGAUGACAGAGGAGGUUCUGGAUGAGUUUGACCUGGAUGAAUACAACACAUCAUGGGAGGGUAGACUAAGGCUUAUUCCGGCUGUGAGAAACUGCAGGAAGGCUCGACUUUCUGAAUGUUGGCUGUCAGAGACUCACUACAAAGUUGUGGCCUCUGCCCUGAAGUCUGACCCCUCCCACCUGACGGAGCUUGACCUGACAGGAAGUAAACUGCAGGAUUCAAGACUGAAGCAGCUGUCUACUGGACUGGAGAGUCCAAACUGUCGACUUAAAACACUGGUACUUGCUAACUGUGGACUAACAGAGAUCAGUUGUGAUUCUCUGGUCUCAGCGCUGAAGUCUAACCCCUCCCACCUGAGAGAACUGGACCUGAGCAGAAACAACCUGCAUGAUGUAGCAGUGGCAGGACUUUCUGCUGGAUUACAGAGUCCUGACUGGAGACUAGAGACUUUGAGACUAAGGUCCUGCAGUUUGUCAGAGAUCAGCUGUGUUCAUUUAGGUUCAGCUCUGAAGUACAAUUUGUGCUAUCUGAAAGAGUUGGACCUGAGUCAAAACGAGCUACAGGAAUCAGGAGUGGAGCAGCUUUCAGCUGGACUAGAAAGUCCAAAAUGUAGACUGGAAACCUUGAGACUUACUCACUGUGAACUACCAGGAAGCUGCUGUACAUUUCUGGGCUCAGUUCUGAAGUCAGUCUCUUCCUGUCUGACAGAGCUAGACUUGAGCCACAACAAAUUGCAUGACUCAGGAGUAAAACUUCUGUCUGCUGGGCUGGAGAAUCGAAAUUGUAGCCUGACGACUUUAAGGCUGAAGGACUGUCUGAUUAUGGAAAAUGGCUGUGCUUCUUUGGCUUCAGCUCUAAAGUCGAAUCCCACCUAUCUCAGAGAGCUAGACCUGAGUCACAACAAACUACAAGAUUCAGGAGUAAAGCUUCUGUCGAUUGGAUUGUCGACUCAAAACUUUAGACUUAAGACUCUAAGGAUAAAGGACUGUCAGAUUACAGAUAAAGGCUGCGAUUAUCUGUCCUUAGCUCUUAACUCGACCCAAUGUCCCCUAAGAGUGCUUGACCUGAGUUUGAACAAGUUAAAGAAAACUGAUGAAGAACUGAAGCUGAUGUUUUGGUCUCUGAAGGCACUUCAUUAAAGACUCUGGUCAGGUUUACAUGAACCUGGAGUAUGGAGGAGGAGACAUCCUUCAUUAAGCUGCCUAUCACCACCCUGAGUUCAUAUUCAAACAUCCUAGAAUUACUUAUUAUUUUAUUUUGUCUUCCUUCCCUUAGAUAGUCAUUUGAUGUCUUUAUUUAAAUUUAUAUAAAGGCUUUCAUUUGAUUCAGUGAACUACAGUCGUAAGGUCUAUAAGAAGAUGUGAAUGCACCAUUAUGGGAAAUCCCUACCAUGACCAACUACACCCUACACCUUGUUGGCAGGGAUCACUACUAUGCUUGGCUACAAGAUAAAAAGCAGUACUUUUAAUGGAGAAUGAAACUAGAGGCCAAGAUCAAUGUAGCAUGGAGGGCAGUUAGCCAACUAUCAGAGCUGCACAAAGAUGUGAUGUAAAAAGGAAUGCUAGGUACAGCAAGCUGCCAAUACCUGAGGCCUUAGAAACUGCCAAGCAAAGACUCAUUCACUUGAAAUGGUAAACCAGAGAGAUAGAAGCCAUUAUAACAAACAAGAUGUUCUCCACUGAACCAUCCAAGGUGUACUCUCAGUGUCAGAUGAACAAUAUGAGAAAAGCCCCACCAAGGCUGGAGACAGAACAAUACUGGAAGACCUAAUGGGAGAAGGAUGCAACCUGUGGCUAACAGAGCUGGGAGAAGAUUACAGCAAGGUCCCUGAACAGGAUCCAGUAACAUCACAGUUGUAGACAUCCAACACAGAGUAGCUGCUAAUGGUUAAACGCAACCAUAAAAGCUAAUCGAACAGUGGGCAGUCCUGAUCCCCAAGGGUCCUCAGAAGGGAUCUGUCCAAUCCAACUACCAGCCAAUAACCUGCCUCAGAUUUUCAGUACCACAUGGAAGCUCCUGUCGGGCAUCAUAGUGGCUAAGAUGAACAGGCAUAUGGCUCAAUAAAGGCAGAGAUAGAAAUUAGCAGAAACACCAGAGUGGAAAACUCAACACCAUGCAGAUCGAUAGUGGAAUGCGUAGAACUAUACAACAUCAACAGGACCCUAAGAGCUUUCAUCAGGAAUUCAGUGGUAAUGUUGUUAACAACAAUGCAGAACAACUUCAAGCCGAUUACACAGGUCACCAUCAAGUGCAUGAUUUACCAAGGCAAUUUAAAUGUUAUCUGGAAAUUACUAGACAAGAGAGGGUUUUCAAGAAAAAUUCUUAAAUGUUCAUUUUCUAUGCCAUAUGUUAAAACAAGAUCUGGAAUGUGUCAUUUUUAGCAUCUACAUGGAUGUUAAAAGUAUUCGGCCACCUUGAACGUUUCCACAUUUUGUCACAUUACAGCGACAAAGAUGAAUCAAUUUUAUUGAAAUUCAAUGUGAAAGACCAAUACA